AAAAAACUUGACACUAAAGACUAGCCCUUGGACUAAGCAUAGUAUUUGCUAAUAAAGUCUUUAGAAGAAGCAAAAUGGAAAGAAGGCCAGCAUUUCUUAGUUCUUUUGAGACCCAUUUUAUAGAUAUCCAUGAAGUCUUACCCGAAGAAGAAGAUAAGGGAAAAACCCAAAAGAUAGAUAAAGCUGAUCAUAAGCGUAUAAACAGACCCGUCAAAGUUAGAGACACUAACAAGAGACCACAUAGGAGCUUAAACAGGCAGGUUUCUCUGGAGACGGGUUUUUCAGUGCACAAUUGGGAGUCCAAGGCCAAAGAUGAUAGGAGGGUUCUUACUAGAAGUGGACAAAGUUUAGGAGGAUUUGAUUCGGCUAACAGGAUUGGUUUGGGAGCACCGAAAGGCGAUUUCAGUUUGUUCAAGACGAAACCAACUCUCAGUAAGCAGAAUCCUUUGUUGCCUUCAUGUAAAGAGAGGGAGACAGUGUCUCAAAGGAAUGAUGGUUCUACUGGGCUUGAUGACUCGGUUAAUGAAAGUGUUCCUGCUGGAAGAUACUUUGCUGCCCUUAGAGGACCUGAACUAGACCAAGUCAAGGACUACGAAGACAUUCUCCUCCCAAAAGAUGAGAAAUGGCCCUUCCUCCUCCGGUUUCCAAUUGGAUGCUUUGGUAUCUGUCUUGGCCUUAGCAGCCAAGCGGUCUUAUGGCGUACUUUGGCGACAAGCCCUGCAACCAAAUUUCUCCACAUUACACCAUUCAUCAACCUUGGCCUCUGGCUAUUAGCCCUUGCAGUCCUUAUCUCCGUCUCCUUUACCUACAUACUCAAAUGCAUAUUCUACUUUGAAGCUGUCAAAAGAGAGUUCUUCCACCCUGUCCGUGUUAACUUCUUCUUUGCCCCCUGGGUUGUCUGCAUGUUCCUAGCCAUUGGUGCACCUCCCAUGCUAGACCCUCAAAUCCUUCACCCUGCCAUAUGGUGCAGCUUCAUGGCUCCAUAUUUUUUACUCGAGCUGAAAAUCUACGGCCAGUGGCUUUCAGGUGGGAAGAGGCGUCUUUGUAAAGUAGCCAAUCCCUCUUCUCAUCUCUCAGUAGUUGGCAACUUUGUGGGUGCUAUUUUAGCUUCUAAAGUGGGGUGGAAUGAGCCUGCUAAGUUCUUGUGGGCAGUAGGCUUUGCACAUUAUCUUGUGGUGUUUGUGACUUUGUAUCAGAGAUUACCAACAAGUGAAACAUUGCCUAAAGAGCUACACCCUGUAUACUCCAUGUUCAUUGCUGCUCCCUCUGCUGCAAGCCUUGCUUGGCAAACAAUCUAUGGCGAGUUUGAUGGCUUGUCAAGGACUUGCUACUUCAUAGCAUUGUUUCUUUAUGUCUCACUGGUUGUACGAAUCAACUUCUUCACAGGAUUUAGGUUUUCUGUGGCAUGGUGGUCAUACACCUUUCCCAUGACAACAGCCUCGGUGGCAACCAUCAAGUACGCAGAGCAGGUUCCAACAAUUAUAAGCAAGGGCCUUGCGCUUACCCUUUCUUUUGUGUCAUCAACAAUGGUGGCCAUCUUGUUCAUUUCCACCCUUCUUCAUGCCUUUGUUUGGCACACACUGUUUCCAAAUGAUCUUGCCAUCGCCAUUAAAAAGAGAAGACUUGUCAAAGAGAAAAAGCCCUUCAAAAGAGCCUAUGAUAUUAAGCGUUGGACAGAGCAGGCUUUGACGAAGAAUAGUUCAGUAAACAAGGAUUCUGACAAAGCGGGGCACUGAAAUGAUUCAAUCAGAAGCUAUAGUCACAAUUUCUGUAUCACAUGGAAAUAAUUUUCCCGACAAUGAUAAGCUUACUUAUAUGCGUGUAACGUCUAAAUGAUUUUAAAAUGCACAUCUUAUACAUACUGUGCAAGUAUGCUGCCACAAAACUAGCUUUGUGAAAUUUGCUUUCAAAUCCAAGAAUUUAAAAUUAAGAAAAAAAAAUCAUCCAAAUGGAAAGUAUUGAAUUUCAUUUA